GGGCGCACAGCGGCGCUACCGGGCGGCACUGCGCGGCUCGGUCCGGUCCGGUGCGGCACUGCGCGGCUCGGUUCGGAGAUGGCCGCCCCAGAUACCGGCAGCACAGGCGGUGUCAUCAGCUACGUGGGCUCCGUGGGGUCCCCCCCCCGCGCCAGCCCAGUCCCGCUCUGCAGCGAAGGCUCCGCCGGCGGCCCUCAGCCCGUCCCCCUCUACUUCCCCCCGUCGCCCACCGGCUCCCUGCAGGACUCCCGGCCCUACGGGGGCGGCCCGCUGCCCCCCCGCGAUGACGGCUCGCCUUCCUCCUCAUCCUCCUCCUCCUCCUCCUCCUCCUCACCCUACGGCCCCUCGGCCGCAUUCCCCGGCGCAGUGGCGGUGGCAGCGGAUGAGCGACGCCGCGGUUCGCCCAAUAAGAACGGCACCAAUGUCACCAAGCUGAACGGCAUGGUGCUGCUCUGCAAGGUCUGCGGUGACGUCGCCUCUGGCUUCCACUACGGUGUGCACGCCUGCGAGGGCUGCAAGGGGUUCUUUCGCCGCAGCAUCCAGCAGAACAUCCAGUACAAGAAGUGCCUGAAGAAUGAGAACUGCUCCAUCGUCCGCAUCAACCGCAACCGCUGCCAGCAGUGCCGCUUCAAGAAGUGCCUGCUGGUCGGCAUGUCCCGCGACGCCGUGCGCUUCGGGCGCAUCCCCAAGCGGGAGAAGCAGCGGAUGUUGGCGGAGAUGCAGAGCGCCAUGAGCGUGGGCAGCGCCGUGCCGGGGGCGGCACCUCUGGGCGAGGGACCCGUUCCCGUGGGGGGCCGCCCGCUGCCUCCCGGCCCCCCGCCCUCGCCCCCCCCCGCCUGCUUCUCCCAGUUCCCGCAGCAGUUGACCCCCCCCCGCUCGCCCAGCCCCGGGGGGGCCACCGAGGACGUCAUCGCUCAGGUGGCCAAAGCGCACCGGGAGAUCUUCGUCUACGCGCACGACAAGCUGGGCCCCCCCCCGAGCUGCGACGGCGCCCAGCCGCGCUGGGACGCGCCCCGGCUCUGCCCCCCCCCCACCGCCGCAUACCCCGACCCCACAGCGCGGGGCUGCGCGUGGCCCCGCGGACCCAAGGACGUGCUGCCGGCCUGCCCCAUGAACAGCCACCCGGCGGGGCGCAGCGGGCGCUCGGUGCAGGAGAUCUGGGAGGAUUUCUCGCUCAGCUUCACGCCCGCCGUCCGCGAAGUGGUCGAAUUCGCCAAGCACAUUCCCGGCUUCCAGGCGCUGUCCCAGCACGACCAGGUCACCCUGCUCAAAGCCGGCACCUUCGAGGUGCUGAUGGUGCGCUUCGCCUCGCUGUUCAACGUGAAGGAGCAGACGGUGACGUUCAUGAGCCGCACCAAAUACAGCCUGGAGGAGCUGUGGGGUAUGGGCAUGGGCGACCUGCUCAGCUCCAUGUUCGAGUUCAGCGAGAAGCUCAGCGCGCUGCAGCUCAGCGACGAGGAGCUGGGGCUGUUCACCGCCGUCGUGCUGGUGUCGGCAGACCGUUCGGGUAUGGAGGACGCGGCGUCGGUGGAGCAGCUGCAGGAGACGCUGAUCCGAGCGCUGAGGGCGCUGGUGCAGAAGACGCGGCCGGCCGAAAGCUCCCGCUUCACCAAACUGCUGCUGAAGCUGCCCGACCUGCGCACCCUCAACAACCUCCACUCCGAGAAGCUGCUCUCCUUCCGCAUCGACGCGCAGUAGGGACCCCCCCCGUGCACAGCCCCCCUCCCCCUCCCCACAUUGACCCCC